UCUCCUAAUCUCUAGCGCCAAUAUUUUAGAUCGAAACUCAAGCCGUUGAAUCGCGCGGCACGUGCUGUUAAAUUUAAAUUCCAAUAGCGCCAGCGUACAGAGGUGCAGCUGAUAACAUCAAUGAGACAAUUAUUAUUGAGGGGGAAAAGUCAAUUAUUUUAUUUUGUCAAUGAUCAAAAAACAAAAUCACUUUUCUCGAGAAAAGAUUAAUGGCGGCUUCUUCAGCUUUUGAAUCCUCUUUAAGAAGAGGGAAUCCGACAACAGCGGCGUCCUCUAGAAAAACGACACCGUCCAACUCUUCGGCAAGAGCUGCGGCAGCUCCCCCUCGGAGAUCCAGAAGCGUAAGUGCCUUCUCAAGAACCUCUAAUUCCGAUUUCUCCGAUUUCUCCAUUAAAAGAGACAAUCCUCUCUUUGACAACAACAACGACGACUAUGACGAAGCUGGGUUCCCGAAUUCCGGCCGAAUCACCUCUAAAACGAUGGUCAAAGCAACCGCCGCCGAUGAUUACAAUAACAAGCGAGGUCGAUCUGUUUCCAGAUUUGGCUCCGAUAGUAAACACGGGUCGGGUUCGGGGAAUAGCCAGGAAUUGUCUCGGGGCUUGUCCGUUGUGGAUACAAGGAGAAGUGGUCGCUCCGUCUCCCGCAAUCCACCACUUUCAAGAACGCAUUUCGCUACUUCUGAGAGUGAGGUGGAGCAAGAAGGUAAUUCCCGGAUGAAAUCCAAGAUUAAGGGUAGUUUACUAGCUACUUCGGGGAAUGGUCAAAAGGGUAAUUUAGUCCAAAGCAUAUCUAGUUUGACACGGUCUGGCCAGCGGAAGUGUAUAGAUCCUUCGGAUUCUCCUACAAGUUUGUCUCGAGUAGAAUCUGCAAAAUGGAGUGAUUUAGUCUCAACAGGUUCUUUUCCAGAAGCUGAACCAGUGGAGCCAUUUGAAGGGGAUAAUUUUGUGGGAGAUGAUUCUGCUGCUAGCGACAGAUACAGUACUGUUAAAUCCGAAGUGAUGCGGGCUAUUUCCGACAUCCAAAAUGAGCUUCAUGGUGCUAUCAGGAGGAAUAAUCCAACUACCGAUGUAGUCGAGUUUGUGUCAGAUAUACAACAUGAAUAUGCUACAAAACUCGAGCAGUCCCAGGAACGUGCCAGACAACUUCGAGCUGACAUAGCUGUAGAGGAACACCGGGGCAUGGAGCUUAGUAGGAUCCUUAAGGAAGUGCUUCCAGAUGCCAAGGCUCCUAGCACAAAAAAAUCUCGUCCAGGAAGAAAAUCUAGUAUCGAGAGAAGGAAGAUAUCGAAAUGUCUGACCGAUGAUGCCCUCGCCUAUUUUGAUGAGUGCGUCUCACUAUCAACAUUUGACGGCUCAGACUUCUCAUCAAUAGAAGAUCCACCAGUCAAAUGUGUGGGCACCGUUGAUGUUGAUGGAAUAUUUUUACCGCAGGCAAACAGUUCGGACAACGAAUGGAAUCGAAAACUCCAGUUUUCCUUUUCUCCCAAACCAGGUCCGAUAUGCGAGAUCCAACAAGACAUUAAGAAGUAUGUCAAAGGUUUCGAGAAAGACGUCGGGAAGAUCAACAAUGGUUCACAAAUUAUACAAAGAAAUCCUUAUGAUCCUAACGAAUAUAAUUUGCAGGCCUCACAACAAAGCUUGUUGUUUGAUCAUGUGUUCCUCAAAAACAGGUUAGAUUCAGGAAAUUUGCUUCUCUGCAGCGGCGGAUGUUUUUCAGCUUCAUUAUUGUCUUUUGCUUCUUUAAUCUAAAUUUUAUUUACUUCUAAACAUAAAUAAAUUUAGUAUUAUACCAUUAUUUGUUUUCGUAUUUUUCGUGCAUACGGAU